CCCCGCCCCGGCCGGACAUAACGGUCCGCGCGCGGCUUCCCCAGACCGGAAGUGGAAGUGAAGUGUCGCGGGGUGCGCCCGGCCUUGCUCAACGCCCGGCAGUCCGCGCCGCUGCCGCCUCCCUCGGCCGCUGCCGAGGCUUCCUGCAGCCGCCAUGUCUGCCAGCGCCGUCUACGUGCUGGACCUGAAGGGCAAGGUGCUGAUCUGCAGGAACUACCGUGGCGAUGUGGACAUGUCCGAGGUGGAGCACUUUAUGCCCAUCCUGAUGGAGAAGGAGGAGGAGGGCAUGCUGUCCCCCAUCCUCGCCCACGGCGGUGUCCGCUUCAUGUGGAUCAAGCACAACAACCUCUACCUGGUUGCCACGUCCAAGAAGAACGCCUGUGUGUCACUCGUCUUCUCCUUCCUCUACAAGGUGGUGCAGGUGUUCUCUGAGUACUUCAAGGAGCUGGAGGAGGAGAGUAUCCGGGACAACUUCGUAAUCAUCUACGAGCUGCUGGACGAGCUCAUGGACUUCGGCUACCCGCAGACCACCGACAGCAAGAUCCUGCAGGAGUACAUCACUCAGGAAGGCCACAAGCUGGAAACUGGGGCCCCGCGGCCCCCGGCCACCGUCACCAACGCAGUGUCCUGGAGGUCAGAGGGCAUCAAGUACCGGAAGAAUGAGGUGUUCCUGGAUGUCAUCGAGUCUGUCAACCUCCUGGUCAGCGCCAAUGGCAACGUGCUUCGUAGCGAGAUCGUGGGCUCCAUCAAGAUGCGCGUCUUCCUGUCGGGCAUGCCCGAGCUGCGCCUGGGCCUCAACGACAAGGUCCUCUUCGACAACACGGGCCGUGGCAAAAGCAAGUCUGUGGAGCUGGAGGACGUGAAGUUCCACCAGUGCGUGCGGCUGUCGCGCUUCGAGAAUGACCGCACCAUCUCCUUCAUCCCUCCCGACGGCGAGUUCGAGCUCAUGUCCUAUCGCCUCAACACCCAUGUGAAGCCCUUGAUCUGGAUCGAGUCUGUGAUAGAGAAGCACUCGCACAGCCGCAUCGAGUACAUGGUCAAGGCCAAGAGCCAGUUCAAGCGGCGGUCCACGGCCAACAAUGUGGAGAUCCAUAUCCCUGUGCCCAACGACGCUGACUCGCCCAAGUUCAAGACCACAGUCGGGAGCGUCAAGUGGGUCCCCGAAAACAGCGAGAUCGUGUGGUCCAUCAAGUCCUUCCCGGGCGGCAAGGAGUACCUGAUGCGGGCGCAGUUCGGCCUGCCCAGCGUGGAGGCAGAGGACAAAGAGGGCAAGCCUCCCCUCAGUGUCAAGUUCGAGAUCCCCUACUUCACUACCUCAGGCAUCCAGGUACGCUACCUGAAGAUCAUCGAGAAGAGUGGCUACCAGGCGCUGCCCUGGGUGCGGUACAUCACGCAGAACGGAGAUUACCAGCUCCGGACCCAGUGAGGCCACCGCCCCGUGCUCCUGCCAAACCCACGAUGGAGCCGCCUGGACUCCAGCUGCCCAGGACCCCUCCUCGCCACCCUGCCAGCUGCAGAC